CGAUGCAGCAGAAUAACAGCAAGCAGAAAUACAACAAACGGAAAAACAGUAAGCAGAAAUACAGCGAGCAGAAAAUGGAGAAGCAAAAGAAGGUAUAAGGUUGCCAUCACCAAGCACAAGGACUCGGAACAAACCAGCAGUAGUCUUUACAGUCAGAAUGAUGUUUGGACUCCAGCUGUUGACUUCAGCAAGUAUAUUGAAGACAAUGAAAGCAUUGAAGAUCAAGACCUUGUUGCCUGGGUGACCACAGGCUUCCUUCAUAUUCCUCAUGCUGAAGACAUACCCAACACUGUGACAGUAGGUAAUGGUGGUGGAGUCAUACUACGACCACAUAACUACUUUGAUGAAGACCCAUCUAUCAGCUCUACAGAUUCUGUGUACUUCAGCCCUGGUGCUGAAGGCAGCUGUGAGAACAACAGGAUGGCAUGCUUAACACACGAGACUUGUACCCCCACCCUGGAGACCUUUACCUACCACGGCUUCGACGGAGUCAUGAAGUUUGAGGACUGGAAAUGAAAUCAUUUCCAGUCCUCAUAAAUAUGUGUUGUUGAGCAAAAGCUUCACAGUUAUUUUAGUAUGUAAGAAAAGUUUUGCACUAUGUGUUUAACUUAGUGUAGCAAAUUGAAUUAAUACACAGUAUAUUUAGGCCUACAAAUCCCUCUGUAUUAUGCUGUUUUAUUUACGUAUCAACACAGUUGUUUACAGGUGAAAAACAGUCUUUUUACCUUCACUAAAGAUAAAAAAAAUGGUUUUACCUCUAGUGAACUCUAAUGAUAUAGAUAUAAAUACAUACAUAUAUAGCUCUGGAAAAA